ACUGUUCUAAUCUUUAUUGCUGCUAUUUUUUGAAAAUCCGCUUGUGCUUAAAGUUACCUAUAAAUUUAGAAUAGGUAAACGAGGUGUUAAUUUAUAUUAGCAUUAAGAUAACUUGAAGGAGGUAUUGCAACACGUUAUCAUUACGUGAAAAUUCCAAUGCAAAUGUCAAAUGACGACGGUGAUUGAAGAAAUAAUUCACGUUAGUAUAAAUUCGAUUCACUCUGACUACAUGGACUGCCUCGGUAUACCUCUACGUUAAGCAAGUGAUUUUUUCAUUUUGUGAAAAAUUGUUUGAGCUGUAAAUUCUUGCUCUUUUUAUACACAGUUCAGACUAUUUUUUUUUUCAAGUGUAAAAAAUGAGACUUUUUAUAAUUUUAAUUUUUUUGUUAUUCGUAUCAAGAGGGCUUACGUUGGAUAGAAAUUGGUGGAAACAUGCGAGUAUUUAUGAAAUAUACCUCAGAUCGUUCAAGGACAGCGAUGGUGAUAGAAUAGGAGAUCUCAAUGGUUUAAUCUCCAAACUGGACUACCUGGCCGAAAUUGGAGUAAAUACCAUAUACAUAGCGCCGUUUUACCCUUCUCCCAUGGUUGAUUGCGGCUACGAUAUAAGCGAUUAUAAAGGAAUAGAUCCAGUGUAUGGAAAUAUGCAGGAUUUUGAACUGUUGGUAACAGAAAUGAAAUCUCGAAAGUUACACCUCGUAACAGACUUGGUAAUCAACCACAGUAGUGAUAAGCACAGUUGGUUUGAACAAUCUGUCAAUAAAAUCGAUCCAUACACAGACUACUAUGUAUAUUUGGGUCGAUCCAAAAGGAUACGAUCAAAAUGGCAUUCCUAUUCCACCAAGCAACUGGUACAAUGUAUUCAACCUGGAAAAAUUGGGCAGUGCUUGGCAAUGGAAUGAUAAAAGACAACAGUUCUAUUUACACCAAUUUACAGUUGGACAGCCAGACCUAAAUUUAAGAAAUAACGCUGUCAAAGAAGAAGUAAAGGGAAUAAUGAAAUUCUGGCUGGAAAAAGGCGUAGCAGGGUUUCGAAUCGAUGCACCGAUGUUUUUCAUGGAAGACGAACUACUUCAAGAUAAUCCAUUACCAGAUCUUGGAAUGGGGCUCUGGGCUCUCCUAGCAUGUAAUUAUACUUUCAAUCAUCCAGAUACGUUCACAUUCUUGAAUGAAUUGAACGUAUUUCUUAAAGAAUACGAUCGAAAGAGUGGGAAGAAAAUUCAAACACCACUGAUAGGAGAAACCAUUGGAACCGUCCCAAUGGUGAUGAAGUAUUUCGGAACAAGACGUUUUCCAGCGAUCCAUUUACCUUUAAAUUUUCUCAUGAGGUGGAUGGGAACGUAUUUAAACGCUCGAGAGCUUCACGAUUACCUACACACGUGGUUAGAUGAAUUACCUAAGAAUAAGCCAUCGAGUUGGAUGCUUGGUGAUCACGAUGAAGGAAGAUAUGCACAUCGAUUCAGUGCAGAGUACAAUUACAUAAUGUUAGCAUUAGUUACAAUGCUUCCUGGAACUUGCCUAGUGUACUAUGGAGUGGAGCUGAACAUGAAUCAAAAUAAUUUGGUUCGAAUUAAUGAUGUACUAAACAGAUUCGUUCACCGCACACCAAUGCAUUGGGAUGACAGCAGAAACGCAGGUUUCUCCACUGGCGAGAAGACAUGGUUACCAGUGAAUCCGAAUUACUGGAGUAUCAAUGUUCAAAACCAAAGAACUAACGAAAACAGCAGUUUGAAUUAUUUCAAAGAUUUAAUGGCUCUCAGGAAAACAAAUGCUAUAAAACAUGGCGAUUUGAAGUUCCACAUUAUGUCGGAUUGGGUUCUUGCUUUUACUAGAACCUACAAGAAAUCUAGUUAUAUCGUAAUAAUGAAUUUGGGAACAGACACUCUACCUAUCGAUUGGCUGGCUGAGAUUAAUCAUCUUCCAGGAAACUUAACAGUGGUGGCUUCUAGCUCGAAUUCAGCGUACAAGAAAGGCUUCAAGAUGAACAUUACAAAAAGUUAUCCAUCAUCAUUGUUCCUCAGACCAAAUUCUGUCAUUAUACUGAGUUCUGUGUAGAUUUUUCCGAUGGAAGAACUCCUUGUGAAUUGGUAAGUAAUCAUCUUUUAUUAGGCAACCAAGUCCAACAACUGUACCAACUUCGUGAUUUUUAACAAUUUUUGGAUCAAUUUUGAAACCUAUGUACCCAUGUAUUCACAUUGCUCUCAAUUUUUAAAGAUUUUUGAGACAUUUUUACGAUUGUUUUUUUUUCUCUUAUUUUCGCUAUCAGAUCAUUCAUUAAACCGUUUGUCAUAUUUUACAAA